GGUCAGGUGCGGAUUGCAGAAGGAAGCAGAAAUUGUAGUUCUUUGCAGAUCUCUGAAAGCAUCUGGAAGGUUCGUAUUCCUUUGAAAUACAUGCAGAAUCAUAUGAAUAAAUGGGUGCUCAAUGGAAGUAUGUUAUUUUAAAGGUGUCAGUUGUCCUUAGAAGUAGACCAAAGCUAUAUUUUCAAAGCUGUCAUCAGACGGCUGUCAUUGAUAACUAACUGCUAAAGCUUGCUUGAAAACAACAUUCGACAGCCAUGAAGAUGCACUGACGUUGGCUAGCUACGGUCGCUGUCCAUGGUGCUGAAUCGUGAUGCAGCUAGUAGCUGGAUUUGUACUGUAUAUCGCAACUAGCGUUCUUGACAAGACGAAAAUGGCCAAAUAGCAUGCCAAAUCGACAAUAGCCUACUCAGGUGCAUAGCUAAUCCGUAGCACUGCAGAGCCUCGAUUUAUCGCCAUAGCAUUGGCAUUGCAGGAUGCUAGCUAGCUAGCCACAGAGCUAGCUUAGCUUUUUGCUAACAUGAAUGGUGUUGAUUUGGUCGCAAUCAUGACGAGGUCUAGUUUCUAGGCUGCCUUCGGCAUUUUCUGUUUGGCAUUUACAUUAGAAAAAGACAAACAAUUUGUUGCCCAAUGGCAUGCCAAUGUGAAGUAGCUUCUUCACUAGCCUAGCUAUGUCAUUGCUUUGCUCCCUUUUAGGAUAAUUUUCCCAGAUCUGUGUGUGCUGGGACCCAAUGUCAUUGUGGAGAGAGAGACUAACAGAAUGAGCAUCCAGUGAGCCAGUGAGACCAGAUCGAAAGAUAGACUCACUUCUUUGACAUCACCCACAAUCAGUUUUAUUUCAAUAGGUAAGGAGAUGUAGCUAUAAGCAGCCUGAUUUGGGCUAAGUGCCAAGCAGCUUCUCCUGUGUUGAUACCUGCCAUUAUGUGAGGCGAGACAGAAGCAUAAUUAAUAUACGAGUGAAAGCUCAGUGUGUUUCCGUUGACUGUGUGUGUGUGUGUGUGUGUGUGUACAUGCUCUUACUAGUCUUUAUACUCACUAGGUCCUUGUGGUUUGAGACACCCCAUUAGACAUCAUGACAUCCUCUAUGCUACGCCGACAAUUGAAGAACCUCGUUCAGAACUUCUCUGAGGCUGAGGUCAAGGUAAAGGAGAUGAUUUACUUUACCCCCUCACCCAUCUUGUCUUUGACCCCUCUCCUUUUCCCCCUUUCCAUUUCCCUUCACUCUCACUCACUCCUUCUCCUGUUCCCUCUUUUCUUGCUCUCUGUCCUGUGUUCUCUUUUUUCUCUCUUGAUUUGUCUCAUCUUCCCCUCACUCUCUGCCACUCUACAUGCUUCCCUUCAUCUUGACUCUAUCCCCGUCUUUCUCCCCUUCUUGAUGUUGUACCCAGGUUGGACAAUUUUACCUUGCAAUUUUACACCGGCCCGGUGUGGGUUCAGGCUUUUGUGCCAGCCAAUUAGUUGCACAACUGAUUUAACUGAUCACAGUCUUGGAUCAAGGCUUUCAUUUAGUAGAAUCAAGCUAGUACUGCUUGGCUGGGGCAAAAGCCUGCAUCCACACUGGCCCUUGCAGGGUAAGAUUGGUCACCCCUGCUGUUCAGUUGACACAGUCAGCAUUCCAAAACACCGUUGCAGCAUCCUUCUAAAAUAAGACACUCUCUGUAGCAGAGCAUGAGUCAGUACCAGUAUUUCCCCUACAAGUAUAUACAGUAGUACAAGUUUGGUGCCAGAAGGCGUGGAUGCUUUGGGAGCCUUUGUUCUCCGUCUGGAAAGUAAGCCGUGUUAAUACUACUGUAUGUCUGUCAGGUGAGGGAGGCCACCUCCAACGACCCAUGGGGCCCCUCCAGCUCGCAGAUGGCCGACAUCUCGGACCUCACUUACAAUGUGGUGGCCUGCAAUGAGAUCAUGACCAUGCUGUGGAAACGGCUCAAAGACGACAAGAACUGGAGGCACAUCUACAAGGUGAGGCCAAAGGGAAAUAAUCACGCAUCGAUUUAUAGUUCUAAAGAUUUAGAUAGAUUGUGUAUAAAAUAAUCUAUACAGAUGUACAUCUACUCAUCAAAGAUCAAAGUUGUUCUUACUGUAUGGAUCAGUGGCUGUAUGCAUUCUUUAUUCUGAAACUUUAUUAUAGUUGAUGAGCGAGCCCAAGUUGCUUGAAUAGCCUGCUGAACAGCUCAGUUCAUCAACCAGUGCUGGAUGGAACAAUACCUCUCUCUUUUUCCAUCACAUCAAAUCAUUUAUCUGGUCUUUGGGGGAACAAUACCUCUCUCUUAUUCCGUUAUAAAGUUAAGUUAGUGGUAUCACUCACUCGAGUGUGGGUACCUUUCAGAGAUGUCAGUGUCGAUAUCAAGCCUUUUGUAUAUGAAUGGUGCUUUUUUAUUUCUGUUUAGUCCAUGCUUCCUGUACUAUUAUUUUCUGUUAUUCAGGUUGGUUGGUGGUUUUUUAAAGAGGUUUGUAAAACUGUAGCCCAUACAGUGCAUUCGGAAAGUAUUCGGACCUCUUGACUUUAUCCACAUUUUGGUAUUUUACAGCCUUAUUCUAAAAUUGAAUACAUUGUUUCUUUUCCUCAUCAAUCUACACACAAUACCCCAUAAUGACAAAGCAAAAACAGGUUUUUAGAAAUGUUUGCAAAUGUAUUAAAAAUAAAAAACUGAAAUAACACAUUUUACAUAAGUAUUCAGACCCUUUACUCCAGGGUUCCCCAACUGGCGUCCCUGGUUUUAUUUGGUUUUAUUUUGUUUCAUUGUAGGACAAAAGACUGUAAAAACAGCAGGAAAUCAGCUCCAAGUGAUUUCAAUUUAAGAAAUCUGUUCCCAAGUAUUCCCACGCAUAACACGUGAUUGUAUACAAAUGUAAGCAAGGUUUGAAAUGAUUGUUUUAUGCUGACAUUAUACUGUAUCUGUUUGGGCUUCUUGCGGUCAAUUUGCAGUCUAUAAAUUAUUUGUAAUUGUGUUCCGGCCCCCUCACCAUCCGCUCAAGAACAAAUCGGCCCGCGGCUGUAUCUAGUUGAUGAUCCCUGCUUUACUCAGUACUUUGUUGAAGCACCUUUGGUAGCGAUUACAGCCUCGAGUCUUCUUGGGUAUGACGCUACAAGCUUGGCACACCUGUAUUUGGGGAGUUUCUCCCAUUCUUCUCUGCAGAUCCUCUCAAGCUCUAUCAGGUUGUAUGGGGAGCAUCGCUGCACAACUAUUUUCAGGUAUCUCCAGAGAUGUUCGAUCUAAAGGACAUUCAGAGACUUGUCUUGGCUGUGUGCUUAGGGUCGUUGUCCUUUUGGAAGGUGAACCUUCGCCCCAGUCUGAGGUCCUAAGCGCUCUGGAGCAGGUUUUCAUCAAGGAUUUCUCUGUACUUUGCUCUGUUCAUCUUUCCCUCGAUCCUGACUAGUCUCCCAGUCCCUGCCGCUGAAAAACAUCCCCACAGCAUCAUGAUGCUGCCACCACCAUGCUUCACCGUAGGGAUGGUGCCAGGUUUCCUCCAGAUGUUACGCUUGGCAUUCAGGCCAAAUAGUUCAUUCUUGGUUUCAUCAGACCAGAGAAUCUUGUUUCUCAUGGUCUGAGAGUCCUUUAGGUGCCUCUUGGCAAACUCCAAGCGGGCUGUCAUGUGCCUUUUACUGGGGAGUGACUUCCAUCUGGCCACACUACUAUAAAGGCCUGAUUGGUGGAGUGCUGCAGAGAUGGUUGUCCUUCUGGAAGGUUCUCCCAUCUCCACAGAGGAACUCUGGAGCUCUGUCAGAGUGACCAUCAGGUUCUUGGUCACCUCCCUGACCAAGGCCCUUCUCCCCCGAUUGCUCAGUUUGGCCGGGCGGCCAGCUCUAGGAAGAGUCUUGGUGGUUCCAAACUUCUUCCAUUUAAGUAUGAUAGAUGCCACUGUGUUCCUUCAAUGCGACAGACAUUUUUUGGUACCCCUCCCCAGAUCUGUGCCUCGACACAAUCCUGUCUCGGAGCUCUACGGACAAUUCCUUCGACCUCAUGGCUUGGUUUUUGCUCUGACAUGCACUGUCAACUGUGGACCUUAUAUAGACAUUUACCACAGGUGGACUCCAAUGAAAUUGUAGAAACUUCUCAAGGAUGAUCAAUGGAAACAGGAUGCACCUGAGCUCAAUUUCGAGUCUCGUAGCAAAGGGUCUGAAAAUUUAUGUAAAUAAGGUAUUUCAGUUUUUUAUUUGUAAUAAAUUAGCAAACAUUUAAUUAUGGGUUAUUGUAGAUUGAUGAGGAAAUGUUUUUAGUUAAUCCGUUUUAGAAUAAGGCUGUAACGUAACAGAAUGUGGAAAAAGGGAAGGGGUCUGAAUACUUUCUGAAUGCACUGUAUAUUUUAAAAACCAUUAUUCCUCUUACUGUGAAAAGAUUAUCUUUAUAUUAUUUGACACUUUCUUCUUCGUGUUGUUUCUAUUGCCACAAAUCAAAUAUACAAAUAAAUGUCCUCCACAGGAUUUACAGUGGGGAAAAAAAGUAUUUAGUCAGCCACCAAUUGUGCAAGUUCUCCCACUUAAAAAGAUGAGAGAGGCCUGUAAUUUUCAUUAUAGGUACACGUCAACUAUGACAGACAAAAUGAGAGAAAAAAUUCCAGAAAAUCACAUUGUAGGAUUUGUAAUGAAUUUAUUUGCAAAUUAUGGUGGAAAAUAAGUAUUUGGUCACCUACAAACAAGCAAGAUUUCUGGCUCUCACAGACCUGUAACUUCUUCUUUAAGAGGCUCCUCUGUCCUCCACUCGUUACCUGUAUUAAUGGCACCUGUUUGAACUUGUUAUCAGUAUAAAAGACACCUGUCCACAACCUCUAACAGUCACACUCCAAACUCCACUAUGGCCAAGACCAAAGAGCUGUCAAAGGACACCAGAAACAAAAUUGUAGACCUGCACCAGGCUGGGAAGACUGAAUCUGCAAUAGGUAAGCAGCUUGGUUUGAAGAAAUCAACUGUGGGAGCAAUUAUUAGGAAAUGGAAGACAUACAAGACCACUGAUAAUCUCCCUCGAUCUGGGGCUCCACGCAAGAUCUCACCCCGUGGGGUCAAAAUGAUCACAAGAACGGUGAGCAAAAAUCCCAGAACCACACGGGGGGACCUAGUGAAUGACCUGCAGAGAGCUGGGACCAAAGUAACAAAGCCUACCAUCAGUAACACACUACGCCGCCAGGGACUCAAAUCCUGCAGUGCCAGACGUGUCCCCCUGCUUAAGCCAGUACAUGUCCAGGCCCGUCUGAAGUUUGCUAGAGUGCAUUUGGAUGAUCCAGAAGAGGAUUGGGAGAAUGUCAUAUGGUCAGAUGAAACCAAAAUAGAACUUUUUGGUAAAAACUCAACUCGUCGUGUUUGGAGGACAAAGAAUGCUGAGUUGCAUCCAAAGAACACCAUACCUACUGUGAAGCAUGGGGGUGGAAAUAUCAUGCUUUGGGGCUGUUUUUCUGCAAAGGGACCAGGACAACUGAUCCGUGUAAAGGAAAGAAUGAAUGGGGCCAUGUAUCGUGAGAUUUUGAGUGAAAACCUCCUUCCAUCAGCAAGGGCAUUGAAGAUAAAACGUGGCUGGGUCUUUCAGCAUGACAAUGAUCCCAAACACACCGCCCGGGCAACGAAGGAGUGGCUUCGUAAGAAGCAUUUCAAGGUCCUGGAGUGGCCUAGCCAGUCUCCAGAUCUCAACCCCAUAGAAAAUCUUUGGAGGGAGUUGAAAGUCCGUGUUGCCCAGCGAGAGCCCCAAAACAUCACUGCUCUAGAGGAGAUCUGCAUGGAGGAAUGGGCCAAAAUACCAGCAACAGUGUGUGAAAACCUUGUGAAGACUUACAGAAAACGUUUGACCUGUGUCAUUGCCAACAAAGGGUAUAUAACAAAGUAUUGAGAAACUUUUGUUAUUGACCAAAUACUUAUUUUCCACCAUAAUUUGCAAAUAAAUUCAUUAAAAAAUCCUACAAUGUGAUUUUCUGGAUUUCUUUUCUCAUUUUGUCUGUCAUAGUUGACGUGUACCUAUGAUGAAAAUUACAGGCCUCUCUCAUCUUUUUAAGUGGGAGAACUUGCACAAUUGGUGGCUGACUAAAUACUUUUUUUCCCCACUGUUUAUUGGCAUGGAAAAUAUAUACAGUAUGUAUGGUAAUCUUUCUCAACUUUUACAAUCUGCUUGUAAUUUCAUAACAACCCUCCCAUCUUCACCAUAUUUUUCUGGCAUACCUUGGAUUUCACUAUGGUGUCAUCUUAACUUUUUAUGAAUUAUGUAUUUGUCUGCUGAUCAUUGCUCCAUGCAGUGAUUAAGUUGCAGAGUGUUUUUAAGGAGCAGGUGAUGCUCAUCUGGAUCCCCCAUUUUGUUUUUCUCCCAUCCCCCAACUGCAGUCAUUGACUCUGCUGGAGAACCUAUUAAAGACAGGCUCAGACCGCGUUCUGAAUACAAUGAAGGACAACAUCUACAUUGUGAAAGCGCUAACAGAGUUCCGUUUCCAGGACAAGGAUGGGAAAGAUCAGGUACUAAAGCUUGCUAAAUGCAUGUUUGUCCCACCAACUCCUCUAAUAUGCAGGAACCAUCUCCAAAGUACUAUCUUUGAAGCCUCCCCACUUGAGAAGUUCACUGUGAGCUAAUUUAUGUAUGAAUAAUUAACAUUAGCAUAACUUUAUGAUUAGUACAUUCAGAAAAUCUCCAGUGAAAGGGCUUUGUAGAACAGGAAUAGGCUUAAACUGGGCCGGGAAACCAGUCCAAUAAGUCAUUGAGGCUUGAGAUAUCUGGCUGUACUAACAACUAAGCUAACACAUUGCUUUGCUUUGCCAUGCAUACACUGAUCACUUGAGCUUUACCUUGCUAAUUCUUCACAGUUACAUUUAGGGAGCACCAUGCUUCAGAGAGAGAGAGCUGCCUAGCAGUACUAAUGAUGUCUGCUUAUGCUAUCCUUCACAGGGGGUGAACGUGAGGGAGAAGGCCAAGGUAGUACUGGUUCUUAUGGAGGACGACGAUAAACUAAAGGAAGAGCGAGAGUUUGCACUCAAGACCAGAGACAAGAUCUCAAAGAACGCCACUGGUGAGCAUUAGAGAGAACACCAAACAUUUGAGAGACUUUUAAAAAUGUCAUUUGACCAUUUCCCUUAAAACAUUAUUGGAAAAUCCCCACAGUAAAGAAUAAGCCAUUUCCUGAAUUGAAAACUGAAUUGACCCCAACUCUGCUUGCCAUAAUAAUGUAUCUCAUCAUGCUAUACCAUAUCUUAUCGUGCUCUUUCCACAGCCUCCUCAGACAGCCCCAACGACCCCAAGGACCCCAACUACAAGCCAGUGUAUGUCCCAGGAGCCACCGGGCUCCCCUCCCUGGCCAACAUCCCGUCUGUGGCUGACCUUGCAGCCAGCUUUGAGGCCAAGAAGCAAGAAAAACUGAGACUAGAGGCCCAGAAAAAAGAGGAGGAACGAAGGGUAAGUAUUACACCUCAAUAGUCCGAUUUCUCCCUUUUAUUUAGACUUUCAAAGGCGCCUUCAGUAAAUGAUUGUACCCUUAGGACAUUUUGGAUCAUCUACCAAAUAUCAUGUCUGGCAUCAUGAUUGGCCAAUCUCUUAUGUAAUUGCAGUCAAAGAUGACCAAGGAAGAGCUUGAAUGGGAGGAUGCCGCCAAAGCAGGAAAGCCUAAGGUUGUUGACGCAUUUGGCGGGGCAGAUGAACCAUCAGAGGAGGAUGCAUGGGGUGCAGCAGCCAAAGCACCCGCUCCUGAUCCUUGGGGGGGUGCAUCUAAAGCUCCAUCCGAGGAUGCAUGGGGUGGAUCAUCCAAAGCUCCAUCCGAGGAUGCAUGGGGCGGAUCAUCCAAAGCUCCAUCCGAGGAUGCAUGGGGCGGAUCAUCCAAAGCUCCAUCCGAGGAUGCAUGGGGUGCACCAUCUAAUGCUACAACAGAAGAAGCAGAUCCUUUUGCGGCGCCAGCCAGAGCCCCAACAGAUGGUUCAGAUCCUUUUGCGGCUCCAAAAGAUGGUUCCGAUCCAUUUUCGGCACCAUCCAAUGUACCAUCUAAAGUUGAAGCUGAUCCGUUUGGGGCACCAAAAGAUGAUCCUUUUUCAGCACCAUCCAAUAAACCAAAAGGUGGUUCUGAUCUGUUUAGGGCACCAAAAGAUGAUCCAUUUUCAGCACCAUCCAAUACACCAAAAGAUGGAGCCGAUCCGUUUGGGUCACCAAAAGAGGAUCCAUUUUCGGCACCAUCCAAUAAACCAAAAGGUGGUUCUGAUCUGUUUAGGGCACCAAAAGAUGAUCCAUUUUCAGCACCAUCCAAUACACCAAAAGAUGGAGCCGAUCCGUUUGGGUCACCAAAAGAGGAUCCAUUUUCGGCACCAUCCAAUAUGCCAAAAGAUUGUUCAGAUCUCUUUGGGGCACCAAAAGACGAUUCUGGUCCUUUUGGUGCCCCAUUGAAUGUCCCAACGAAGGGUGCUGAUCCUUUUAGGGCACCAGCCGGCCCACCAACCGAGGCUUCAGACGCGUGGGGUGCUCCAUCCAAUCCAGUGUCCGAAAAGAAGGCUGAUCCCUGGGGAGAUGAGGGGACCACAACUGCCUCUCCCCCCACAGAUCCAUUUGACGAUGGCUCGAAGGCUGAUGAUGACGCAUGGGGACCAACAGGUAAGCAGUGAUAGUUAUAAUCUUGUGACAUCAUCACAUUUGCUCUUAAUUCAGAUUUUUGACUCAAUCCUUAGGUUAAAUACAUGAUAGAAAAUGUAUAUACGGUCAUUUUAAGAUGUAGAGCACAAUUUCGAUAUUCAAAAUGUUCGUUGGAGUUCCCCUUUAAAUCGGUUUAACCCCACCGCCUUUACUCCAGCAUCGACCCCGCCCACCGCCAGUGACCCUUGGGGUGCACCUGCAGCUCCCACAGACACAGCAUCCACAGACGACCCCUGGGGAGAUGGAGGGGCUUCCACCACUACAGACGCUAUGAACUCUGACCCAUGGGGAGCUCCAUGUAAUGGCACAGGUAAUGUAUGCUUCCUCAAGGCUGUUGCCUCCAAGCUCUGAGGAAGGCGUCUGACACGCCUCAAUGUAAGCCUGUCUGUUUGUCCCGUCAAUAAACCUUAAACAUCUUUGCAUGCAGACAUCUGAGUGUUCCGUUUUCUUUUUCUGGGAUAGUCGGCAAUUGAAGUGCCCUGGGGUAAGAUGUUUUUUUGGAUUCCUAAGUCCCUUUGUUGAGCACCGUAUUCCAUUUUUUCAGUCAAGUUGGGCUAAAGAGCGUCAGGGUACGCUCACAGAUUCCAGUAAUGUGUUUGUUUGUGUGUUAGCACUCCACCUGUCUUCCCUCUAUGUCUGUGUCUCCAACACUAUACUUAACACAUCCUCGUCUUCAUAUAUCUUCAUGAUAUACAAUAAUAUUGUAAUAUCGUGAUAAUGUUGUAAUAUUGCACAGGCCUAAUUUCCUCUCUCUCUACAGACAAUGGAGCCACAGUGGACGAAGACAACAAAUCGCCAGCUUCAUUCCUUGGUGCCGGAGAUUCGCUCGUGGACGUGGACUCACUCCUCUCCCCCAAACCCAAACAACCCCCCCUCGCCAAGUAAUAAAGUAAGGACGGGUAAACAAAAGAGAGACCAGACCGUGAGAGAGAUAGACAGAGAGAACCAGAGAGUGAAUAUGAGAAGUAUAUUUAUCCGUUCAUUUAAAGCAGUGUUUGUGAUUCAGUGUUUUGACUAGACCUUCCUCCCCCUAUAGUGCAUAACUGUUGUGUGGGUCAGCAUCGGUAGUUGUAGCCAUGCAUAGAA